AGUAAACAGUAAAGAUGGCGACGUCUGGAGCAGGAGAGGGGGGCUCCAGCCUGAACGGGAUCGUUUCCGAGAUAGAACAGAAACAAUUUACAGACCUACCAGCCGAAUUACUUGAGUACAUCUUAUGCUUUCCUGUCCUCAAACAUGUCGACAUUUGCAACGUUUCCUGUAGCUGCAAGCGGCUACACGACGUUUGCCACGGCAGGGGGAAGGUCUGGGGACACCAGUACAAACUCAGAUGGCCAAGAUUGCAGAAGCAUUACCGCCAGAAUGAGUGUUGUGAUUGGCUGAAAGAAUACAGAACGCGGCACACUGUUGGUCUACAAAUACGACGAACAGUUGUAUCCAUCUCCCAGAGAUUCUUCACGGAAGUUCCUUGCGUUGGCCAGGUGCUGGGGGACAGCUUUGCUGAGAUCGAGUCCCUCGGCGCCCCAGAGCACUUCUGUGAAGACGAGCUGCUCUCCAUACUCAAUUCAGACAGGAGGAAAAGCCUGACACUGAAGUACUAUGCAAAGAAAAUCCUUUAUUUCCUGCGCCAGAAGAACAUCCUGAGGAGUUUAAAGAUGUUUCUGGAGCAGCCUGCAGAGCAGCAGUUAGCCCUAGAGGGAGCUCUGCUGGUAGACCAGUAUUGUAACCCCCUGGCAGAUGUGUCAUUGGACGGUAUAUCCUCCCAGCUGGAGGAGAUCACUGACAAGAUCAAGAAGAUGCUGCGGAUAAAGAACCCCUCUCAUCCAAGCCUGAGGGUCACACAAGGCGAUUGUUUUGCUGUAGACGACUUUGAUCUCCAGAGACAGGUGGUCGUUACCCUCAAUGCUGUUUUAUACGAGCAGCUUCAGUACAAGGGCAACGAGUGUGACUACUACAACCCUCUCAACUCCUAUAUACACCAGGUGCUGCUCCGCCGGACAGGCAUUCCCAUCAGCCUCUCUGUCCUUUACAUGACGCUGGCCAGGAAACUGGGGGUUCAACUGGAGCCUGUCAACUUCCCCAAUCACUUCCUGCUUCGCUGGUGCCAGCAACAAAGAGGGAGUGGAGACAUCUAUGAUUUUGCGUACAUUGACGCCUUCGGUAAAGGCAAGCAGCUGACGGCUAAGGAGUGCGAGUACCUCAUUGGUCAUCAGGUGACUGCAGACUACUACAAUGCCAUCAGUACAACAGAAGUGCUGUUAAGGAUGGUGGGAAAUCUGCUGAACAUCGGCAAACGAGGGAUCUCAUCCUUGAGGGAGGGCAAUGAAAAAUCCUACCAGCUGCUGAGAGACUCUCUGGAUCUCUACCUCACCAUCAACCCAGACAACGUCCAAUACCUUCUACUACAGGCCAGACUCUACUUCCACCUGGGCAUCUGGCCUGAGAAGGUCCUCGACAUCCUGCAGCACAUCCAGGCGUUGGACCCGUCCCAACACGGGGCAGUGGGUUAUCUGGUACAACACACCCUGGAACACAUCCAGCACAAGAAACAGCCUGUAGAGCCAGAGGUGAAGAGACGCAGCGCCCCCGAACACCUAGAGCUGCAGUACAGUGUAGGCCUCAUCAUGAAACACAAGAGGUCUGGCUAUAACUGUGCUAUCUAUGGCUGGGACCCCAAGUGCACCAUGAGCCAGGAGUGGAUUACCACCAUGAGGGUCCACCAGCUGUCCAGCGGGGCUAACCAACCCUUCUACAACGUCUUAGUGCAGGACGGCACCUGCCGAUACGCUGCCCAGGAAAAUCUAGAGCCCCAUUCCGCCCCUCUGGAGAUCGCUCACCCGGAGGUGGGACGCUACUUCUCAGAGUUCCAUGACAGCCACUAUGUUGCCAACGAGGAGCUGCAGACACGCUACCCAGAGGACAUGGCAGAGACCCUGGGCACCGUACGGGACCUCUACCACAGACUGAUGCCCAGCUCAGUGCAACAGGAAAGCCCCAACGGCCCAGAGGGACCUUCCCAAGAGAACCAGGACAGCCAGGAGAACCAGGGCAGCCAGGAGAACCAGGGCAGCCAGGAGAACCAGGGCAGCCAGGAGAACCAGGACACCAUGCCCACAUAGCUAAGCCUUCACUACUCCUCGGCCCCAUUCAAAACAACCCCUAGUUCCUACCACCUAGGCACAGGUACAUCUGAAAGGAUUGGAUGUGUAUAAACAAUAUGGCAGAAUUACAACUAGCCUGUCAUAGGGCAGAUUGUAGCUACUACUAGCCUAACCUAACGUGGAAAGAUGCCUGAGCGGAGUCCUCACUUCCGUUUUUCAGGGGAAAUGGAAGUUAGGUUGAAAAUACUGUAUCCCUGAAAACCAGACAUCUGCUUUCAGCCAAUGCCGCUAAGGGUGCUACUAGCCUAUUGUGUGGCAGGUUGGCGCUACGACUAGCCUUUCAUAGGACAGGGAGGCAUUACUACUAGCCUAUCAUAGGGCAGGGUGGAGCUACUACUAGGGUCUAGGGGUUGUUUCUGGACAGGGCCCUCUGUUCCCCAUCCAGUUCCAUUACUUGACACAACAUCCUGUCCCCAAAACCAUCAGGGUCGUCGGUAUUCACAGAGUCUGAGUAGGAAGUGCUGAUCUACGAUCAGGUCCUCCCCCUGUCCAUAUUAUCUUAUUCACUAUGAUCUUAAGGGCAAAACUGGUCCUAGAUCAGCGCUCUUACUCUGAGAAGCUUAUUUUGAAUACCGAUCCAUGAAUGCUUCAGUACCAGGAUCAUGUGCUGUACCACCGCCUGCCAACCAACACCAGUCAAAGCCAAAGCCCCUUUUCUCUCUCUAACUUCAUGAAGACUUACUGAGAUCGAAACACUUACUCUCGCUCUCUCCACCUCAAUAUACUUUCUCCAACAUCUGUCAAGAAGAGGUCUUCCCAGACUUGACUCCCUAGUCCCUCUACCUCUUCCCACUUCCACAUGAAACAAUAUAAAAAUUAACUUUACAGUAUGAAACAAUAUGAAAAUGAACCUUGCGGUAUGAAAAUGAGACUUGCAGUAUGAAACAAUAUGGAAAUGAACCUUGCAGUAUGAAACAAUAUGAAAAAUUAACUUUACAGUAUUAAACCAUAUGAAAAUGAACGUUACAGUAUGAAAAUGAGUGUUACAGUAUGAAAAGAUAUGAAAAUGAGCGUUACAGUAUCUCCUCACACAUGAGUUGAAUACAUUCAGUUGUACAACUGACAAGGUGUCCCUCUUUUCUUCUGUCACAUUACAUUAUAAUAAUGAUUCAUGCACUUAUGAAAGGAUGACUUUCACAUUUCUAGAACGUGUUAUUAAAAAAUUCUGUAUAUUUACAAGUGAAACAUUGCAGGACUACAAUGACUUGAAACAGGAAUGGGUUGUGAGACUUAAUAAAUAUAAAUAAAAUGUUUCAAUGUUUA